AUGUCUACCAAAGAUAAGAAGGAUCAAGAAACUCCGCAUUCACAAAAGAAGGAUCAAGAAACUCCGCAUUCACAACGAAGUCCUCAAGGAUCCAAAGAUACGACUGAUGUGAAGUCCGGUACGCGCUCAGCUAAAAGUGGAUCUCGUUCACAAACUUCGAAAUCAGCAACGACCACUCAAACUACCCAAGAUGGUGGCGACGAAGAAAAGUCCGUCAAGAUCCUUGUAGCUAAGAUUCGCAAGUGUGACAAUUCAGCAGAAAGGGCGGAACUAAGCAAAGAACUAGGGCGCCAGCUAGCCACAGGAAAAUCGCUGAACUCUUUCAGUGUUGACAUUGUUCAUCUUCGGCCUGUUCUUGUUCAUUGCAAUCGUCGAGAUCGUCGUGGGCUCGCUCAAUGUUCACAACUGUCAGUGAAUAAUAUGAUUCCCAUAUGGCUGAUCGUUUCUGGUGGUGUCAGCUGCUUGCGGUACACACUACAUAUUUGCUUCGGAAUAGUGGAUCGAAACAAAGGCGAUCUGCUCAAAAUACGUGCAUUCUUGGAACCCUUCUUUUGCAUAUUUUGGAUUAUUUGGUUAAUUCUUGGUACUUUCUGGACCUACAGUGUCAGCAAAAUUGUUACAUACGACAAACAAGAUGGUUCUACUUACUGUGAUCAUCUUACCUAUGUAUUGGCUUUUGUCAUUAUCACCGCCAUUUGGGUGAUUAUGGUAAUGUUUCUAGUCUCUUGCUGUUGCUGUUGUUGUAUCUGUUGUGUUGCUGCGUUGUGCGCAAAAGCUCCCCCUUCUACAUCCAAAGAAAAGGAAGAAAAGGUUGAUGAGUAG